GAGCACCAUGGAGCACUGGAAUCGAAUCAAGAUUGCCAAAUGCCAGAUACUGAUCACCAACUUCUUUGUCUUGCCCUGGAGAGGAACCCCUAUGAAGCAAUGCACUACUGGGCCUUCUACGUGGGGAUCAGCCUAGCAGGUCUACUGAGCCUGGGCGCUGCCCUGAGUACCAUAGCCACAGUGAGGGAGGCCCAUGGCCUCAUGGCUGCGGGUUUCCUGUGCUUUGCCCUGUCAUUCUGUGUCCAGGUGCAGGUGGCAUUCUGGAGAUUCCACAACCCCACCCAGGUGGAGGAUGCAGUAUUGGACACCUAUGACCUCGUGUAUGACCAGGCAAUGAAGAGCCCAUCCAGCAGCUGGUGGCAGGAGCUGGCCACCAUCCAGGACACGUUUCUGUGUUGUGGGAAGAAGUCUCCUUUCGGGUUUCUGGCCAGCACCAGAGCCAUCCUGUGUCAGGGCCAGGAGGCCAUGAGAGAGGACUGCCUACAGAGGAUCGGGAACUUUCUGUGGACACACUCCAGUAUCGCCUCCACCCUGACCUGCACCAGCCUGGCCCUCACGGUAUACGCUAUGAUGCUCUGCGCCUUCCUGUGGUUUGCCAUUCACUCCUACUGUGGCUUGGAUCGCAAAGGCAGAUAUACCCUGACCCCACGAGCCCAUGGCUGCCAGCCCCAGGAACCCAGCCUCUUCAGAUGGACCAAGGAUGGAGUGCCUCAAUGCCCUUCUGAAGCAUAAACAUUUGCCAACUAUUCGACAUCCCUCUGAAGCAUGGGUAUUUGCUGAUCAUCGGGUCUAAUAGGAUGCCUGUUGCCUACUUGCCCACAGAGAUGAAGACGUUGGCCCUGAGCCCUCCAUGAUCCACGUGGUGGGGCAAGGGAAGGGGAGGAGAUUCUAUCAGGUGUGUUAGUUACUUUUACAUUGUUGUGGCCAGACACCUACCAGAAACAGAAAGGAUUUACUCUGGCUCGUGGUUCCAGAAAGAUUCUGGUCCAUCACAACAGGGAAGGCAUGGAGGGGUGGCUGUGUCUAUGGCAGCAGGAUCAGAGGGUGGCAAAUGCGGGAGGCUGGAUGUUAAGCUAACUUGCUCUGGGUCAUUGAGGAGCAAAGGUGACUUUGGCUCUGUAGUCCUGAUAACAAAAUACGCAGAACCACAUGGCAAUAGCCAGGUUUUUUAAAAAAUGGCCAUGGGUCUGUUAAUGUUCCUUAGUUUAGGGAGAAGAGGGCACCAUACCCUCACCUGCGAUUCCAACUACUGCUCCCUCCUGCCAAGGAAGUGUUUGGAUCUUGAGAGAUGCCGGAGUGUGAAAAGUUACCUGAAGACAGGUCUCCAUGAUCCAGCAUCCAUGAGGUCAUCACCCAUCAUGGUGGGGCUUUGUGGGGAUGAUACCGUUUGGGGGUCACCCACACUCCCUAUAUCCCAAGAAACCCAUUGAUUCAGGUUGAAACUUGGGUAGAAUCUUUUCCAUGCCCCACUUGGGGUGACCAGUUUCCUGUUCAUGUUUCCCAGAGAAAAGUAAUAGCAGAGAACAGGUAGAGUGGAACCAGGGGUAGUGGCUUAGGGUUUCUAUUGCUAUGAAGAGACACCAUGACCACGGUGACUCUUAUAAAGGAAAGCAUUUAAUUGGGGCCGACUUACAGUUCAGAGGUUUAGUCCAUUAUCACCAUGCUGGGAAGCAUGACAUCAUGCAGGCAGGCAUGGUGUUGGAGUGGUAGCUAGAAAGGUCUACAUUUGGAUUGGCAGGCAGCAGGAAGAGAGGGUGCCACUGGGCCUGGCUUGAGCAUCUGAAACCUCAAAGUCAGCCUCCAGUGACACGUUUCUUCCAAUAAGGCCACACCUCCUAAUAGUGCCACUCCCUAUAAGCCCACAGGGCCAUUUCCAUUCAAAUGACCUAAGACAGGUAUAACCUUCAAAAGCCCACCCUUAGUGACCUACUUCUGCUAACCAGACUCCAAGUCCUACAGGCUCCACAAUAGCACCAGAAGCUGAGGAUAGAACAUUCAGAAGAUGAGACUGUGGAAGAGGUUUCAGAGCAAACCCAUGACACAGGGCAAACAUACAUGAACCUGUGGAAAACACCAGAUGACAACUAUGACAUCAGGUAAACAGCUCCAUGGGGAACAGACAGAAACACUAGGGUGAUCUGAUGAGUCUGUGGAACAGGCAGAAUAGGUAAGCACGGAGGAAACCAGCACAGGGCAGGCCAGGAGCCCUGGUCAGAUGUCGUCCUGCACCUCCCAUUUCCAAACACGGCUGUGUUCAUGUCCUGUGCUGUGCAGCGAGGAGCAUCAACCUGGCAGCAAUGUCUCUGUCUGUCACUGUCACAAAAUGCCUGAGGCAGUCAACUUAAAGGAAGAAAGGGAGAAAACCAGCUUAAACAAAGGGAGAAAAAUCAACUUAAACCUGAAAAAGUCAACUUAAUUUGACUCAUGUUUUAAGAGGUCUCUGUCUACGGUCAACUGGCUUCAUUGACUGGGGGCCCCGAAUGAGGCAGAACACAGCAGGGAUGUGUACCAUGGAGUAAAGUUAACACCCGUGGUGGCCAGGAAGCAGAGAGGAGGGCCAAAGACAAAGAAAACCCUCUUCAGAGGCACCACCCAGGAACCUCUUCCUCAAAGGAAGCCUCAUCUUCUAGCUUCCGUUUUAAAAUGUCAUUAAAUUAUAACCCCCUUCAUGAAUUAA